GGCAGAGCGAGGCCGCGCUUCCUGUGGCGCCUCGGAGUCACAACAAGAGGAGGAAGAGGAAAAACGACAGCUCUGGAUCGUCGUCUUCUGCCCUGCGUGACAACAUAAGGCUCCCCGUUCAGGCUUUUAGGUUGCUCCUAUUUGACCUGCAACAUGUCUGAUCUACUGAGGUACAUCGACUACGACCACAAGGCCACCUUCCUGAAGAUGCUGAACCAGCAGCGGAUGGAGGGCGAGCACUGCGACGUGGUGGUGGUGGUGGAGAACAUCGAGUUCCGGGCUCACCGCUGCGUGCUGGCCGCCUGCAGCAACUACUUCAAGAAGCUCUUCAAGAAGCAGAGCGAGGAGGACAACUCCAUCGUGGAGCUGGACUUCAUCCGCUCCGACAUCUUCGAGGAGGUGCUGAACUACAUGUACACGGCGCGGCUGGCCGUGAGGAAGAAGGACAUCAACAUGAUGAUGUCGUCCGGGCAGAUCCUGGGCAUCAACUUCCUGGACAACCUGUGCACCCAGAAACGGGAGCUGACGAACAUGAAGACCCGCGAGAACCAGGCUCCGGGCGACCACGGCCUGCGGGCGCAGGACGCCAUCCUGAAGGAGCUGGCCAUGGAGGAGGUGAGGAAGAACAGCUUCUACGACCAGGGCAUGGACGGCAUGGGGCCCGGCGGCUCCCACGUGGCCCAGCCGCACAACUACAACACCAACAUGGCCAAGGACCCGCACGGCCACGGCUGGGGCUCCUCCACCUCCGGAGACAUGAAGCUGGAGUACCUUCUGUACGGCCACCGCGACCACAACUCCUGCCAGACCGCCGGGGCCAAGCCCCUGGACCACAACGCCAAGAAGGAGCGGCUGCUCACCGCCAACCGUCCGUACGGCUGCGAGCACUGCCCCAAAGCCUUCACCACGGCCGCCCACCUCAAGGAGCACCUGAAGAUCCACUCGGGCUUCAAGCCGCACCGCUGCGUGGUGUGCGGCAAGGCGUUCAUCCGGGGGCCCGACCUGAAGCGGCACGAGAGGGUGCACAGCAACGAGCGGCCGUUCGCCUGCCAGCUGUGCGAAAAGGCCUUCAAGCACAAGUCCCACCUGAAAGACCACGAACGGCAGCACCGGGGUGAGCGGCCCUUCAACUGCGGCUCCUGCGACAAAGCCUUCAUCAAAGCGUCGGAUCUGAAGCGCCACUGGAACACCAUGCACAGCGGCAACCCCCGCAGACAGAUGUCCCUGUCCCCGGUCGCCUCCCAGCACGGCCAGGGGGACGCCGCCGACCAGAGAGACUGGAAAAUGGAGACCGGGCCACAUUCGCACAACUCUGGGGACUGUUGAGCCUUUCCGGACGCACACGCACACUGACAUACUGACAUCCAUACAUGCACACUUUAAACAAAAAAAAAACCCAACCCAAGUAUCCACACUGACACAAACGGGAACCUGUGACGGCCCGCGGUGGCCCAGGUCACACGGACGCUGAUCGGAGUGAGUAACGACAUCACGGCAUGUUCAUGAGACUGUGGGGCUGUAUUAUUAUUAUUAUUAUUAUUAUUAUUCUAAAGAGUUAUGUCAAAGCGAUGUUUCCUUUCCACCUGUAAAGUCAUGUAAAUGUUUAGUUCACUCUACUAUACAUCUAUUUUUCACAAAGCAUCGUUGCUAUCUAGACUGAGGGUCCUCAUAACGUUAUUCUCUUUUACUUUAAUGAGAUAUGUAACAUUUAAAUGUUUGUUUAACCUUUACUGGAUUUUAUGGAGAUAAAAGAAAGACACAGAUGUUGGGGAUGCGGGGGGGAGGGGGCGGGACGGGAGGGAAGAGUUUUUCUGCAUAACAUUUCUUGCAUUGAGUAUAUUCAUGUGGAUGUUUUUAAAUGGAUGUGUUUAGUUGUAUUGAUUGAUAUUACACUGUAAGAGUAAGAGUCACCAUUUUGCAUUUGAAGCAGAUUAUACCAAAGUCUUGGGCGUCUCGCGGAUCGUCUUUUAGGGACCGUCCUGCCCAAGCAAACCGGCCAACUAGAUUUACUGUUAUACAGUAUAACUGUCAUCCAGCUAUCAACAGUUAAUGAUAGAUGUCUGUAUAUACUGUAGCUUAGUUUGUUGCACAGCUAGAGAACACAAUAAUGAAUUAUGCACAUAUAACAUUGUCCUACUCCCACACUUUGACAAUAAACACCAUCGGCUGUGUUUUAUCGUUGUUGAAAAGUUUGUUUUUUGUGGAAGACGAUUGCUGUUUUAC